GAGCGUACCCCCGACCAUGCGCCGCUCGAGUUUAUAAGCCGCGCCGCCUCUUCCCGGCAAGGCUGGAGAAGAUAGCAGAGCACAGCCGCAACCAAACCAUGGGAGAAGAGUGCAAGGAAGCCGCCGCCGGCUGCGGAGGGCGCCAUGCGGCGGAGGGCGUCGUCGACCCGGCCGACUCGGCGAAGCUGUACGAGGACGUGCCGCCGAUGCCGCUGAUGGCGCUCAACCACAUCUCCCGCCCGUGCAAGUCCGUCGAAGACUCGGUCCGGUUCUACGUCAAGGCCCUCGGCUUCGUCCUCAUCCACCGCCCGCCGGCGCUCGACUUCUCCGGCGCAUGGCUGUUCAACUACGGGGUGGGGAUCCACCUGGUCCAGCGCGACGACGCGCGGAGGGCGGCCGACGUGAACCCCGGCGAGCUGGACCCCAUGGACAACCACAUCUCGUUCCAGUGCGAGGACAUGGGGGUCAUGGAGCGGCGGCUCCGGGAGAUGCGCAUCAGGUACAUGAAGCGGACCAUCAACGAGGAGGAGGGCUCGGCCAUCGACCAGCUCUUCUUCAAGGACCCCGAUGGCUUCAUGAUCGAGAUCUGCAACUGCGAGAACCUCGAGCUCGUCCCCGCCGGCGCGCUCGGACGCCUCAGGCUCCCGCGCGGCCGCCACAACCCGCCUGUUCGGAUGGUGCACCACGACGGCGACGGCAACUAGGAGGCGAACGCCGCCCUGCAGCGUGCGCUCGGGGUACCGGGCAGAGCCUCGUGCAGUCGUGUGUUUUUUUAGCAUGUCUAUUUUACAACUUCGAACUAGUCAAAAAGUCUGUUUUUCAACCUUCU